AUGCGUGCUGAUGCCUACCCUCUUCAGUCUUAUGUUUCUGCCAUGCUGAUGGUCGCCUACCGCGACGAACGUCCCCGGAUCCGCAUCGCCUACAGGACGGACGGUCAGCUCCUGAAUCAGCGUCGGAUGCACUUCCAAUCGCGCGUAUCCACAACCACCGUUCGCGAACUUCUCCUCGCCGACGACUGCACCCUAAACACCACCUCGGAAGAGGAGAUGCAACGGAGCAUGGACCUGUUCUCCGCCGCCUGCGAGAACUUCGAUCUGAUUAUCAACACGCAGAAGACGGUGGUGAUGCAGCAACCGCCACCCAACUCGGCCACACCCCUCAAAGAACCGCAAAUCAGUGUGAAUGGGACCCAACGGCAAGUGGUGGAGAACUUCCCGUACCUGAGCAGUACCCUCUCCCGCAACACCAAAAUUGAUGACGAAGUCGCCAACAGGAUCCCGAAAGCCAGUCAAGCCUUCGGCCACCUCCAAAGCACAGUUUGGAAUCGUCAUGGUCUCCAACUGAGCACGAAGCUGAAGAUGUACAAGGCCGUCAUACUGCCGAAGCUGCUGUACGGAGCGGAGACUUGGACGGUGUACACAAAGCAGGCACGCCGACUGAACCACUUCCACCUCAGUUGGCUUCGUCACAUCCUGAGGCUGAACUGGCAGGACCGCAUCCCCGACACUGAUGUGCUGGAACGGACGGGAAUCCUCAGCAUCUGCACCAUGCUGAGACAAAUGCAGCUGCGCUGGAGCGGCCACCUGGUGCACAUGGACGACGAGCGACUACACAAAUGA